GAUGACCUUGGACCGGUUUAAAACUAUAAGCUCCUUUGAAUCCAAGUUGGGUUUUUCUAAGCACCUUAAGUUUUUCAUCUGUCUCGAAACUGAAAUAACGUGUUACCAGUUUUGCACUUCUGGAUACAGAUGAGCCUACCGUAAAUUUGCCUGUGGGACUAUUGCUCUAGUAAUGAAGUACAUCAGAUCUUCAAAUAAUCGUUUCCCUAAUGCAGGUGAGAAAUACAGAAAGCUUUCAACCCUCGAAUCAUCGAGUAUAUCUGUCUAUCCUGUAGCUGAUCUAAUGAGAGCACGUGCUGAAUUUAUUCACCAAUGGAAUGUAUCGAUGUCCAACCAUUCUGUAGCCAAGUCAAUCAAAAGUGAUCACUACAAAUAUCCACCAAAUAUAACUAUGAGAAAUUAUCUAGAAUAUCCAUUUCAUGAUAAUGCACCGGAAGUAUUUCCGUUUCUUCGGACUACAAAAAACAUAAACACAACCCAAGUGGUGAAGUCUAAAGUUGUAGAACAGUCACUUAAACGUCAGAAAGUUGAAAUUCAAGUUGAUAAUAUAUCUGAUAAAGACUUUAGGCGUGUUUGUAUGCUGCUCACUGAUAAGGCUUGUUUAUUUGAAGAUUCUGUACAAUUAGCUAACCAAUAUCAGUGCAUAUCAGCAUGCUAUUUUAUUUGUGAUUAUUGUGAUUACAUUGGUAAAACAGAGAAUGAUGCCCAGAUACAUUUGCAACAAACAAAUCAUUUGACAUGCAGUAAAUAUUCACCUUGCUAUUAUACAAAUGAUUGCAAUGACAUGUCAAGUGAGCUGCAAAAGCCACGUGUUAUCUCUAAUAAUUCAGACAGAAUCUAUGGUUGGCAUGUUGGUGAUACAGUAGUGUGCUGUCCUACUUGUAAUUUACCAUUCUUGGAUAAGAUUAUGUGUGCAUAUCACCACUGCUUACAACAUACUGAAAACCAAUCUCUCUUUACUUACGGGAAGGUGUUGAUUGUAAGAGUUUUAAAAAUUCAAGAACCACUGGUAUGUCCUAGUUGCCAACAAUAUUUUCAUACAUUAGAUAAAAUUAUGAAUCAUUGGAUUACUUCAUCUCAUUGUAAUUCACCAUUUAUGCCAAUUUCAAACAAUAAGGAAUGUAUAGAUGCUCUUUGUGUUCUCUCUGUAUCAUGUAGCAUCUGUCAACGUAGUUUUACAGCAGUUCCAUCGUUGGAAAUAGAAGCUGAUCAUCCUGGUCAGAAGAGAAAACAUCCGUCAAACAGAGAAAAUACCUACAGGUCACCAGCUUCUUGGGCAAAAGAUUUUGGUCAUUUUUGUAUUCGUCAUGCCUUUGAACAUAUAAAUCAGGGUAAAUUUCCUUUGUGUAGCUUGAAAAUACGGAUUAUAAGUGUACCGAAAUCUGUUAACUGUCUUCCUCCCAUCACUAAUACAAAUCAUUCGAGCAGAUUGCAUUUUAACCUCAGCGAAUGUAAACGUCUUAUUUCAUAUCUUGAAAAUCAUGAAUGGAAUUCCUAUUUACUUAAACAGGCUCAGAAAAGCUUUAGAGAUUUAUUUUUCGACGCUGCUUCCUAUGUCUCAUAAAUAAGUUUUUUUCAUACCUCCUCCAAGUAACUUCUUUUUUCAAAAUGAGCAUUUAUAUUGUUCUUAUCCGUAUCUUGUGUAAUAAUAAUAAUCUGUAGUUAAUUUAAUUUUUCCUCUUUAAGUUUGUCUUUAUGGAUAGAAACUGUACUGGAUACGAGCAGAUUUAUGUACCAAUAUAUGUUGUGUUUAUGUACUUUGAAGGAAACGUUUAUUGUGGUCGUUUGUUUCUGAUGACUCUAUCACUAAUCUUCGUAUUAUCUUGUAACCUCCAACCCUGUUUAACGCAUUCCAUGACUAUUUUCUAAGAG